AUGAACCGUCCCAGCCCCCUCCUCGCCCAACACUCCCAGGACCUGCGACGACGAGAGAAAAGGGAACAAGACCAGCAACGCUCGCAACGACACCAAGUCCAAACCUAUGGAGUCAAUCCCCAACCCCGAGUCCGGGCUGCUCAACUCGAGCAAGAACGCCUACCAAACAUCUCUCUGUUCGAGACCGUGUGGCGACGCCUGAGCGUCGGUUCAACCACACCUGGGUCUCCUCCAUUCAUCCACGUACCGCCAAACACGCCGCACAGUCCGACUCAAGUGAGUGCUUAUGCCAACUCAGACAUUCUCACGCUUUCUCCGUCGUCGACGAUUGAGGAUGGAAAUGUAGGACGGUCGUGGAUGACGUGGAUCGGUGCGGCGUUCGUAGUGGUGCUUGGUGUGGUGUUGCUUGGGAAGCAAGAGGACGAUGUUGGGUCUGAGAAGGUUUGUGCUGGAUCUGAUGAGAGAGCGAGUACGAGUGAGAGCAGGGAGGUUGGUGAGGUGGGGAGGAUACUGUUGUGGAUGUUCUGUGGAGUGUUGAUGUAUUAUUGUUGGCGGGUUAGUUGUGUUCUGUGUGAGGCCGCGGUUGCUGCUAUCACGGAGUGGGAGGGGUUUGUUGAUGGGAGAGGAGGAGUGGUGAGAAGGAGGGAGCGGGAGGUGCCUCUUACAGGAAAGGAGAAGGGUAGAUCUAGGAGAAUACUCGUCGAUGAGGAUGAUGAUGAGUUGGUCAAUGAAAAGAAGAAGAGGACGUUGAGGAAACAGGGAGCGCCUGGGAGAGUUAAUCGUAUGACUCGAGGGAAAGGGUUAGUAUGA